ACAACGCGUUCUUUGGUGUUAACAUUGUUUGUGAUUUGCAAAUUGUAAUUUAGCAAAUGAAAACAAAAUACGAAUUUGACGACGACGUCGCAUCCAUAUGCGAGUCAACGGCGGCAUUGACGGAGGGCUGCCGUCUGUCUGUGCGCAUGCACAAAACAGACGACUGGCCGCUGGCGGAAAUAGUUAGUAUUAAGGAAUUGGACGGCAGGCGUCAGUUCUACGUACAUUAUGUAGACUUUAACAAACGCUUGGACGAGUGGGUAAACGAGGAGGAUUUGAAUACUCGCAAAGUGCAGUUUCCACGCCGUGAAGGAACACAGACAGGCACAAGCACUGGCGUGACCACACCAAAGCGUCAUCAUUCGCUGGCCGGCAGCGUUUCGCGUCCCACAUCGCCACAGUCAACGCCGCAGACACUGCUCCCGGGCAGUGCUAGCAGCAGCAGCAGUGGCAUUGCUAUUGGCACCAUUGUUGGUCUCGGUGGCGGCAGCAGUGGUGGUGUUGGUGGUGGCGGCGUUGAGCUGGUAAAUGGCAACAAUGUGCUGGCCGCAGCGCUACAGAAACGCAUUAAUCGCAGACGUAAGGUGCAUGGUGGCUCCUCGCAUAGCGCACAUCAUGUGUCCACGCUGCAACAACAACAACAGCAGCAGCAGCUGCAGCAGCAUCAGCAACAACAACAACAACAACAACCAGCGUCACAACAGCUGACAUACAACACACAGAUAUCGUCGCAUUCACAGCCACAGACACCAGCGCUUGUGCCGAGCGAUGGUGGAUUAAUGCCCACCACGCCUGUUGUUGUGCCGUUGACUGCAGCCGGGCACGAGGAUGGCUCACAGGAUGGCAAGAUUGCCACACCGCGUCAAUCGGGUAGCAUGGUGACACAUCAGGAUGAUGUAGUGACACGCAUGAAGAACGUAGAAAUGAUUGAGUUGGGGCGUCAUCGCAUAAAGCCUUGGUACUUCUCACCAUAUCCACAAGAGCUCUGCCAGGAGAACUGCAUCUACAUUUGCGAGUUUUGUCUGAAGUAUUGUAAGAGCCGCAAGUGCCUGGAGCGUCAUCUGUCCAAAUGCAAUCUACGUCAUCCCCCGGGCAAUGAAAUCUAUCGCAAGAGCACCAUUUCAUUCUUUGAAAUCGAUGGACGCAAAAACAAGCACUACGCACAGAAUCUAUGUCUGCUUGCCAAGCUCUUUCUGGAUCACAAAACUUUGUACUAUGACACAGAUCCGUUCUUAUUUUAUAUUAUGACUGAAUUUGACUCGCGUGGCUUUCACAUUGUUGGCUACUUUUCCAAAGAGAAGGAGAGCACUGAGGACUAUAAUGUGGCUUGCAUAUUGACUAUGCCGCCAUAUCAGCGCAAGGGCUAUGGCAAGCUGCUGAUUGAGUUUAGCUACGAAUUGUCCAAGUUUGAGGGAAAGACUGGCUCACCAGAGAAGCCACUUUCAGAUCUGGGUUUGCUGUCGUAUCGAUCCUAUUGGGCGCAGACAAUACUGGAAAUACUCAUUAGCCAAAGUCCUGGUACAGAUGGGGAGAAGCCCACCAUAACCAUUAAUGACAUUUGCGAAUGCACUUCCAUCAAGAAGGAGGAUGUCAUUUCCACACUACAAAAUCUCAAUCUCAUUAAUUACUAUAAGGGCCAGUAUAUAGUAUGCAUUAAUCGUGAUACCAUAGAGCAGCAUCACCGUGCCAUGCAGAAGCGAAAGAUUCGCAUCGACUCCAAGUGUCUGCACUGGACACCGAAGGACUGGUCCAAACGUUCCAAAUGAGUGUUAAUAACUAACAACUACACCCAGUCAACCCUACAAAAAGAAUUACACCAACAGUACAACAAAAUCCUUUCACUACUUGAGCCGCUUGAAUUGUAAUUAUCGCCAAAUAUAUCAUCGUCAUGUAGGCGUUUUGAAACUGUAAUAUGUUUCUUCAAGCAACACUUCACCUGAUAAUAAAUUAAUUAGCAGUUAACUGAA